AAGGUCUAUGGUUCAAGAUACAGCCUGAGAUGAAAUCCCGCGUCCAUGGCUGAACCGCAUGACGUUCCAUAUUCUACUGCUUAGCUGGCAGCUGGCAUCAGCUUUGGAAGUCUUGGAUGUGGGCGCCUCACGCACUGGCACACAGUCCUUGCGUGCAGCUCUAGAUCUCUUGGGCUACAAGACUCUGCAUUCCGGCUAUGAUCCUGGGAGCCGUGAGGCAUCAUGUGAGUAUUUGUUUGGCAACGGGACAGUAGAAGCUGCGAUGAAAUCCUUGGACGGAUACGAUGCUGCCAUGGAUGAACCGUUCCAUCUCCUGUACCGAGAGGUGAUGGCAACUUUCCCAGAGUCCAAGUUCGUUUACCCUGCUGUGGAUCCGGAGAUGUGGUUUGCCUCCUAUGACAAGCUCAUCUCAGAAAUCAACACCUUUUUCAGAUCGACCAACAAGAUGCUGAGAGGCCUCAAGCGAGGACUCCAUGUGGAUCUGGGCCCCUUCGAUCCAGAUCACCUGAAGAACUUUGGAAGAUCAACGUUGGACAAGGCAUGUGAUAAAUGCCACUCCUGGGGCUGCCGCUUUGGUCAUAGUGAUGCACAAGACUCGAAGCAGCAAUGUAUCCAAUCUUAUCGGAAGCACCUGCAGAAUCUGACGCAGGCAAUUCCGAAAGAUCGAUUGCUCAUUUUCAAUAUGAGCGACGGAUGGGCGCCUCUUUGCAACUUCUUAGGAAAAUCGAUUCCAAAGCAGCCCUUUCCGCAUGUCGACAUCUUCCAGUCUUCCUUUGACAUCUUGGAAAAGGCUAGCUCGUUUGUGCAAAAGUCAGCUCAGUGGAAGCCAUACGAGCUCUGAGCGAAUCGAGCAACAGAAAUGAGAUGUAUGCUUAACCAAUCCGACCUGAUAGUGUAAUGAGUCAAGUUGUUGUUUGUACCAAAACACCCACCCCAGAGACUGGACUACUCAGGUGAACUACUAUCCACAACCAGAGAGAUAGACCCCAUACAACGACUUUCCAUGACUUUUCCUUCGGGGUCGAAUGCAUGUAUCUUCGUAGGGUUGCAAAGUGCCAGUGAUGCCAGUGAUGCCAACUGGAUCGCUGAUCGACCACUUCGCUGGUCGCUGGAUCGCUGGAUCGAUGUUUGGACAGAAAGUGCAGACAGCUUCGUGUGUGGACCCGCGUGACCCGCAAAAGUGCAGCGAGGUUCCUGCUUUUUGGCAGGUAGAGGCCGGGAAACAGCCAAGACUGCUGUUGCAAAGCGGUAUCACCAGCCACCGUUGAGUGUUGAUGGUAAUACAUAUGCAGUUGAAAGGUAACAGCAUGGGGUACGCAGGAAACGACCGUAAAGCUACGGAAUGUUUCGAGGCACCCCGGGCACCCGGGGCAAGCAGUCGGGGUUUGUGCCAUUUCGCACAACUCCAUGUGGACUCUCCCGAACCGAACACCGAUUCGUCUCCGCAAGAUCGCCGAUUCGUCUCAGAAAUCGGAGAUGGGUGGGACUUCCGCCCCGUUCUGACAGAGUGUGGUAUUUCACGUUCUUGGUAUCUAGCCUGGCAGCAGACAGGGAACACAUGGGAGAACAUCGAUAUGAAAGGUUGUUGUUGGCAGAGCCAAAUGCAAAUGCUUUGAGCAUGUCGCUGUUGGCUGAGACUCGGAAGAAUCAAAGUCGUAUAUAUGUUGUGAAGUUGACAAACCAGCCAAAGCCGCGAUAGUGCUUGUGCUGUUUCCAAUAGCACGUCCUGCAUUCAACUGGGGAGUCAGAAAUUGUUGCAACGUUCUAUUUGCCAACAGCUGAGUUGUGUGUCAAUCGCAGGCACAUAGGCAAAGAAAGAGAACUCCGUUGCAGCAACAUUAGGAGCCUGGAGUGUGCUCGAGCUCAUCAUCCAUAUUUUCGCGAGCCUUCAGCUGCAAACCACGAUACAUUUUUGUGUACCUUUUCAGGGCAGGUGCAGGCGCAACACGGCUGGAGCCUUUGUUUGCUCUCGUCUCUGCCUCCGAUGUGCAGCUGCAGCUCUUGGUCAGGUCGGUCAGUCUUCAGUCUUGCAUAAGCUCGGGCGGAAUGCCCGCAGCCAUGAAGGAGCCCCUAGCAGCAUCCUUGCUCCUAGUAGUAAGGACCAUGAAAUCCGUGCUUCCAAUCAACAACGACACUCGACGGCUGAGUGUAGACCAUCGUCCACCAUCAGAGCUUGGAUAUAAUGUGGUGUGGAAACAGGAGCAUGUCACAUGUGGAAAGUUGCUCGAGAAAGAGCUCGGCUCAGUCUUGCAGAGACACUGAAAAGAAGUGGGCCCGUGGAAGCUAGAGAAAAGAGGG